AAGUCGCAACGGAGCUUGCAGCAUCGGUAAUGUGAAGCGUUUCCUGCGUCUGUUUCGCAGCGGCCGAUCGCGACCGGAUGGGGCCGGCGUUGCCCCUGUCGUGUCUCGCGGAAGUUUUUCCACCGGCGGUCCGCCGCGAGGGGCGCCCGCUUGCCGGAUUCCCCCCGUCUUGGCGCUGCCACCUGGUGCCGCCAUUGCGUUUGCUUUCUAGGCUCCGUGCCUGUUAAAGUGUUCGAAUCCUCUUGCCCGGGAAGGGUCAAGUUGGUGCGUCACAGUUUCCGAAGCGCGCUCUUUCAUGCACUUUUCCCGUUUUGUUUGUCAGAAGUCGUUGCUCCUUCUGCGCUCACGCGGCCAGCUCCGUAGCAACAGAGCUGACCUGCUCUCCGGACCGCAAAGAAUGGCUGCGCUCGUUGGCGGGAAGACCCGGCACUUCGCCGCCCGCGGUCCAAGUCUUGGCGCGGGGGCGCAGCGCUGCAGUGCGCGCAACAUUCGGUCGUCGAAGCUCCGUCCUCUGCCACGGCAGGUUCCGCACGCGGACGACCACGGGCCGCUUCCCUGGAACGUCCGGCAGCAGCUCAGCAGCGAGGACGCGGUGGCAACGCACGCUGACGCGCACAGCUUCUCUCGCUCUGACGUGGCCACCAAGUUCGUCCUGGAUGCGGACUUGAAAGAUGUCGGGGGCAAGAGGGAAAACCCGGGCAAAAGCGGUUCGGACGUCGGGGUGCGGCUCCGGGACGGAGGCGGCGUCACGCUGGAUACGCUUCACCCAUAUCGCGAGGAAAUAUCCUCCUCGUCUCCAUUCGCGAAGGGAAGUUGUCGGUGCUGGACUUGUGCAUGUUCUCACAAGUGCGAAGCACUUGUUUAUUUGGAAGAACACUAGGGGGCCGUGUUUCGGAGACUUGUAUCUAUCAAAGGUCGGGGCCAUUUGCUUUCGGUACUGUAAUGGAAGUAGAGUGAUUUGUUGUUAUCCGACGUAGGAUUAGAGUCGGCGCUUCUCUCGAGCGAUGACAGAAGCAUUACUUCUGACGGUGCGUUGUGCCUGCACUUCGCGCGACAUCGAAUUUCCUUUGUCUACGGGGACGGGGGGUCGCUUUUGUCAUGCGGAUGAGCCGUACACGGAUUUCAGCGGCAAUCGGUUCCCGACACUGUCCACGGCGAGAAACUGGCGGUACCUCCAACCCAAGGGGUUGAACAAGCUGACCCCGCGAAAGUUCCCCAUCUACGUCGAGAGUCACCUCAAGCUGGACCCCUACUUAUCGUCAGGAAAAGAUCCCUCCUAGUCAAAUUGAAGUGGGAAACUUACGUCGCGGAUUUCUUUGUGUAGCACACAAAUCGCUUUGUAGCAUGCCACUGGACGAUGUAGUGCGUAGAGUCACACGACCUGUUCGGCAUGACUACUGUCCACGCAACAGGCCAAACAGCAACAUAAUUUGACGCAAAGCACUCGCCUGCCUUUUACGCAAUACAAACUGACUUGUGUACUUUUCCACAAACUCAGGAUCACAAGAGACGUUUUUAGGAGGGGGGAUUUUCCCUCGCUAUACGCCUUCCGCGAGUACCUGUUUUUUCUGCACACUUGGGACCCGGUUCGAUUCACCAUCCCGCGGAUCAGCGAGCGGUACCGACUCAAGGAAAAAACCGUGGAGAGGGUAGUCGAGGACUUUGGCGAAAAUUACUUUCUUCGCACCUGCGGCCUUUCCUCCACCCGUCGCAAGCAGAUCGACCGGGCCGCGCGAAUGGCUGAAAAGAAGGCGCAGGCGUAUGCCGUCAGCGUGGGGUGGGAUCAGAUGGGAGACGGCGACGAUGCGGUCCACGAACUAGCGGAGGACUUCCGGGGCUGGAAAAGCACGCAGGACUGGGUCCGCCGACAGAACGUGGAAGUAGAGAUGAUGUCCGCGUUCCCAUCUCGCGAUCGCCGCAACCCGAUGCCGAAGCGCGUGGAUGUCGACCUGGUCGUCGGGCAAACGCCCGACGUGAAGGUGAUCAACUGGAUCGACCCGUACGACAAGGUACCGUUUUAAAGAAAAGGCAGGCUGUUGGACCGCCGAAAACCAAUCUGUUGUGCUCUCUGCGGCAAAGGAG